AUGGUAUUAUUUGGUGACAUGCGGGACAGUUGCGUUGAUAGUUGUAUUAGCCCUGUGGUAGGAGAUGGGCGCAUCAAUUUAAGUAUACAGCUAGGUGAGGGCGAUCACAGCACUGGAACUGGACUCAUAUCGGUUGAACAAACAGAAAAUACUAGGCCUGCACCUAAAGACGCUACAGGUACUCAGACACAGCCAUCUGUUGGUGACGAGCUGUAUUCAAUGCCUCCACAUGGUGGACAGGCAGGGACACAUGCCUCUAUGGAACAUGAUGAUUGCGAUGAGAACAUCAUAUUUGAGGACGAUGAGGAAGAGGAUGAAGGGUACCUUUUUGGAGGCCAAGAACUUGAUUGGGAAGCUGAUGAGGAUGUCGAUCUUGAGACGGCUAAUGAAGAUCCCAACGAACCCGAUGUAUCAGAUCCAUACGAUGCGGUUUAUGCCAAUGUCCCUAACAUGACGGACAUGCUCAAGCCAGAGGCUAGCUGCGAGCACUGCAAUGCAAAGAAGUUUGAGUCCGACCCACCUGGAUUCUGUUGUCGCAGUGGAAAGAUUCAUCUUUCCACCCCUGAGACACCACAGGAACUCGUGAGAUUGUGGUCGAGCUCGGACGCUGAUGCUAGGCAUUUCCGUGAAAACAUCAGAUAUUUCAAUGGCCACUUCUCUUUCACUUCUAUGUACUGUAAACUUGAUAGUGUGACCACCGACGUGAGAAACUGUGGAAUUUACACAUUUCGAGCUCAUGGUCAAAUCUACCAUAACAUAAGAUCAUUUGGUAAAGAGGAUGGUCACGAACCUGGUCACCUCGAGCUUUAUUUUUACGACGACGAUCCGUCUCUUGAGCAUAGGCUUCGCAAGUGUCGUGAGAAGUCUGCCCAAGAAGACAGGGAAGUCAUCCAAAGGCUAAAGGACAUCUUACAUGGCAUUAAUCCCUACUCAGAGAAUCUUAGGAGUAUGGGCCAGGUUGACAACCUUGAGGAUUACCAUGUUGAGUUGAACCUUGACCAACGGCUAGACCAGAGAACAUAUAACGUGCCAUUAACGUCAGAGGUUGCUGCCGUUUGGAUUGAGAGGAGCGAGCGUCGGGGCCAGUUCGAUAAUAGUAUUGUCCUCCAAGGGAAGGAUAGGUCGAUCCAUGGAAUCCGGUCCUAUCAUGGGUGCUACGACGCUCUCUCAUACCCGCUAUUCUUUCCAAGAGGUGAGCUCGGGUGGCACAACUGCAUUCCAAAAGUUGGUGUGACUGAGGCUGAAGUCAAUAAGGCUCGAGUGAUUCGCAAGGCGCGUGCUGAUGGUGGUGGUGACGAUGAUGCUGGGUCUGCUGGAAAUAAAUGCGUCUCCUUUGCCGUCGACACCUACGUUAAGAUUGAAAGCUCGCGUCUAGACUACAUCCGCAACAAUCAAGACAUUCUUAGGGCUGACCUGUACCAAGGUUUGGUUGACAGCUGGCGUAUAGGGGUGGAAGACGCUGAUGAGGUUGGUAAGCGUACUGUGUUGUCGCCAACUUUCAUCGGAGGGCCCCGCAAUAUGAGGCCUCGGUACAUGGAUGCGAUGGCUUUGGUGCGAAAGUUUGGUAAACCGGAUAUCUUCCUCACAAUGACGUGCAAUCAUAAUUGGGAUGAGAUCAAGAAUGAGCUUUAUCCUGGUCAGAGUCCACAGGACCGUCCAGAUCUUGUAACUCGAGUGGUCAGGGCAAAGUUAGAGGAGCUCAAGAAGAUGUUGAUGGAAAAAGAUAUACUUGGAAAGGUCCGUGCAUUCGUAUAUGUUGUGGAGUUCCAGAAGAGAGGCUUGCUGCAUGCACACUUUUUGUUAAUAAUGCAGAGGAAGUACAAGAUCACGUGUCCAGAACAGUAUGACUUGCUUAUCUUUGCUGAGCUACCAAACAAGAAGAAGUACCCUGACCUCUACAGGAUGGUGACGAAGCAUAUGAUGCAUGGCCCAUGCGGGACGCUAAAUCCAUUAUGUCCAUGCACAACGGGACGUAUUUCAUGCAAGAACCGUUACCCGCGGCCAUUCUGCGAUUCAACGUCGCAAGGUAAGGAUUCGUACCCCAUCUAUCGACGACGCGAUGAUGGUCGUAAGGAAAUAAUUAGAGGUCACAUCCUGGACAAUCAGUGGGUCGUCCCAUACAACCCAUGCCUGCUGCGUACUUUCAAUUGCCACAUCAAUGUUGAGGCAUGUAGUAGCAUUAAGUCCGUGAAAUACCUAUUCAAAUACAUAUACAAGGGCCAUGACAGAGCAUCUGUGGCUGUUAGGGAGGCUGGAAAAAAAGAUGACAAGGGGAACGUUGAUGAGAUCACGCAGUACAGAGAGGCUCGGUGGGUGACACCUCCAGAAGCGAUGUGGAGGAUAUACGGCUUUGACUUGAGCAAGAACCAUCCACCAGUGCAGCAGCUGCAGCUUCAUCUUCCCGACAUGCAUAUGGUUACAUAUCAUAAAUGGGACAAGAUCGAACGGGUUGUCAAGCGUCCAGGUGCCGACGAGUCAAUGCUGACAGCGUACUUUGACUACAAUAGGCUUCAUGAGGAAGGUCGAGGAAUCUUGUACCGUGACUUUCCGGAGCAUUAUACUUGGGAGUCUAAUGGUAAAUUUUGGAAACCAAGGAAAAACGCCGUAUACCAGGUCGGGAGACUCGUAUCGGCUCAUCCGGCUGAGGGGGAACGCUACUUUCUUCGGGUUCUCCUGAACCAUGCUGCUGGGGCUACUUCAUACAGGGACCUAAGGACUGUUGACGAUGUGCUCCUGCCCUCGUUCCGUGAAGCUGCGGAGAGGCGAGGCCUAAUUGAAGAAGAUAAUACACUUGAUGAGUGUCUUACUGAAAACAGUUUGUUCCAUAUGCCAUCCUCAUUGCGUAGGUUAUUCGUGACUAUAUUGGUAUUCUACGAGCCGAAUGAUGUGUUUGGGUUGUGGACAAAACACUUUGACGCAAUGUCAGAAGACUACAGGCGCAACAAUGCAAACCCGAUUCUGGUGGAACAGAUGGUUUUGAUUGACAUUAGGAACAUGUUGCAAUCUAUGGGGAAGGAAAUAAGGUCGUUCCCUCUCCCAGGAAUUGACGACGCAUAUGACGAUGCUAGCGGUAUCCCUCGUGAGAUAUUUGAGGAGGCAAGCAUUGAUCAGCAUCAGGAAGAUGUGGGACUACCUGAUUCCCUAAAUGAGGAGCAGAGGGCUGCCUAUGAAGAGAUAAUGUCCAAAGUGGACACCGAACAAGGCAGUUUGUUCUUUGUGGAUGGACCUGGCGGCACAGGAAAGACAUUUUUGUACAGGGCACUUCUCGGAACCCUUCGCAAUCAGAACAAGCUUGCCAUUGCUACAGCUACAUCUGGUGUCGCAGCGUCUAUAAUGCCUGGUGGGAGGACUGCUCACUCACGUUUCAAGAUACCCCUUACUCUUGAGGAUGGUGGUUGUUGUUGUAGUUUCACCAAACAGAGUGGUACUGCAAAGCUGCUGCAGCAAGCAUCUCUCAUCAUUUGGGAUGAGGCAUCUAUGGCAAAGAGGCAAGCUAUGGAAGCUCUAGACAAUAGCCUACGUGAUAUAAUGGGCCGGCAGGAUCUGCCGUUCGGUGGGAAGACUGUUGUCUUUGGAGGGGAUUUCAGACAGGUCCUCCCUGUUGUACGGAAAGGAUCCAGGGCUCAGAUAGUCGAUGCUUCUCUACAGAGGUCAUAUCUUUGGGAAUCCAUGCACCACCUUAAGCUUGUGCGCAACAUGAGGGCGCAGAGUGACCCGUGGUUUGCGGAAUAUCUACUGCGCAUUGGUGGUGGCACGGAGGAGUCUGGGGAUUCGGAGAAAGAUCUUGACAGGUUGAUUGAAUGCAUCUUUCCAAACCUCAAUGCAAACAUGACAAACAAGGACUACAUCACCUCCAGAGCAAUUCUAUCCACACGUAAUGAUUGGGUGGACAAUAUUAAUAUGAAGAUGAUCGCCAUGUUCCAGGGUGGGAAGAUGGUGUACCAUAGUUUUGACUCCGCGAUUGAUGAUCCGCAUAACUACUAUCCAUCGGAGUUCCUUAAUACAUUGACUCCCAACGGGCUUCCUCCACAUUUGCUUAAGCUCAAGAUUGGCUGCCCGGUCAUAUUGCUUAGGAAUAUCGACCCUGCAAAUGGAUUGUGCAAUGGUACAAGGCUGGUGAGGAAGCAGUUCCCUAUUAGGCUCAGCUUCGCCAUGACGGUCAACAAGUCACAGGGCCAAACUAUACCAAAUGUGGGUGUGUACCUGCCCGCCCCUGUGUUCUCUCAUGUUAUACUGAUUGUUUUGGAGAAUUGCCGGAAUAAAAGUUCUUUUGCUUGUCUUGAGCAUUUUAAGCUUCUCCUGGCAUCGUCAGACCCUGAGAUAGUUGUAGCAGCUUUGGAAACUCUUGUUGCAUUGCCUGUUAAUUUAGGUUACUUCCGCCAUGUCAUGCACGGCAAGGGGUGCAUGGCCAGUGUCAAGUACACCUCGCUCAAGAACGCCUUUGCCGUCCUCACUGCGGCGGCCGUGGCCGCGUCCAUCCUGGCGGUGACCAGGCAGUGGAAGGCUAUCUUGCUAGCGGCGUCGGCCGUGCUAGCUGCGGUGUCUUAUGCGUGUGACGAGGAGGUUGUAAUGACGAGGAGGUUGUAA